GCUUGCAGCGACUUCGUCCCGCCUCGACACGCGUGGCCAACUUUCAGUCUAGACUCAUCGAGCAAGGAUGUCGCGUUGAGUGGCUUCUCAGGCUCAGGCCCUGAAAAGCCCAGGAACGGGCCCCUACGUGUCCGUAGCGAAUGCCAGGGCGGGUGCCUUCACCAUCCCAGCAAAUCCCAAGCGGCCGUGGGACGGGCGGCUACUUAUCGCUCCGCUCAGGCCUAACGAGUCGAACGCGGAACUAGCGAGCAGGCGGAAGCCUCGUUCGGGGCUGUUGCUCAGCAGGCCGGGCCUGGCUUUGGGCCCCGGGCCUCCCAGCCUGGGACUCUGCGCCUGCGCCCGUGCGGCCGCGGCCUGCUCUCCCGGCGCGGCCGCGGUCCCUGCUGCAGCGCGCCGCCUGGGUGGCUGGGCGGUCCAUGGGCAGCAGCGAGGGCCACGAUGACAGAUUACGGCGAGGAGCAGCGCAAUGAGCUGGAGGCUCUGGAGUCCAUCUACCCCGACUCCUUUACAGGCAGAUGUCUCUCAACUACCCCUGUAUAGCUCCAGUCCUGUUCAUGUUCUCUCUCUCCAGCAGUACAGCUGUGCUGUGAGGAUGUUAAGGGGAUGAGUGAAGAGGGGUUUGAGAGUGUCAUUAACUGGCUUGAUUGCACAUUGAUCCAAUCCUCCUAACAACUAGUCUUCCAAAAUAUAAAUGGACUCUUCUGAUACCACAUUCUCCUUCAGUAGUGCUUCACUUGACAAGGCCCUGCUAAGUAUUAUCAGAAAAUCCACCCAGUUUCACCAUUACUGUGACAUCUGAGGCUGGAGAAAAUGAUGAAACUGUCCAGACUACCCUCAAGUUUACAUACAGUGAAAAAUACCCAGAUGAAGCCCCUCUUUAUGAAAUAUUCUCCCAGGAAAAUCUAGAAGAUAAUGAUGUCUCAGACAUUUUAAAACUAUUAGCAUUACAGGCAGAAGAAAAUCUUGGUAUGGUGAUGAUCUUUACUUUAGUGACAGCUGUGCAAGAAAAAUUAAAUGAAAUAGUAGAUCAAAUAAAAACUAGAAGAGAAGAAGAAAAGAAACAAAAAGAAAAAGAAGCGGAGGAAGCUGAAAAGCAAUUAUUUCAUGGCACUCCUGUUACAAUUGAGAAUUUCUUAAGUUGGAAGGCCAAGUUUGAUGCAGAACUCUUGGAAAUUAAAAAGAAACGAAUGAAAGAAGAAGAGCAAGCAGGAAAAAAUAAAUUAAGUGGGAAACAGCUAUUUGAAACAGACCAUAAUCUUGACACAUCUGAUAUCCAGUUUUUGGAGGAUGCUGGAAACAAUGUGGAGGUAGAUGAAUCUCUGUUCCAGGAAAUGGAUGACUUGGAGCUAGAGGAUGAUGACGAUGAUCCGGACUACAAUCCUGCUGACCCAGAGAGUGAUUUGACUGACUGAUGGACUAUCCGCAUCCGCAGAGAGGCGUGACUGCCACAGCAUCUGUGGCUGUGCUGAGGUGUUGAUUUUUCUUUCUUUUUUUCUAAGAAAAAAUAAUUCUCAGGAGAAUAUUCUUCUGAUAGCUUUCAUCAUUGAACUUAAUAAACUGACCUUAAAAUUUCAAAUAUAAAA